UUUUGUGUUUCUGCAGAAGGUCACAUGUUUACUGGCUGCUGGAUUCCUUGGUUCUGUGCUUUCAGGGCCCGGUGCGAGUUUCGUUCUGGUCCAGUCUGGGAUGAACUGGACGGCGGCCCAGAGCUUCUGCAGGAAGCAGCACUCGGACUUGGCCAGCAUCAGGAACGAGUCCGAAAACCAGCAGGUCCGGCAGCUGGUGCCGGUAGGAACCAAAGUCUGGACCGGACUGUACCGAGACGGCUGGAAGUGGUCGGCUGGGAGCCUCUUCUCCUUCAGCUACUGGAAGAGCACCGAGCCCAACAACAACAACAAUGAGAAUUGUGUGUUGGCGACGUUUGACGCUCUGGGGAAAUGGGAGGACUGGUCAUGUGACGUAAAGAAAGCCUUCAUCUGCUCCACCAGUGAGUCUUCCUCAGCCUCUUCCUCCUGAUCUCGCUGCCUGACGCUCAUGAACCAUUUUGCUGUCAAAGGUUUCGUUUUUCAGAAGGUUCUGUCUGUGAAGCUGGAGAAAACCUCCGGCCUGGAUCUGAAC